CUGCUAGACUACAGAGUGGAGAACAUCUCUACACCAAGAUGAAAGCCCAGCUAGUCACACUUCUUGCUGCCUGUCUGCUUCCCACUGUUCUCAGUGAGGGCUCCACUGUGGCUUGGUGUUAUCACCUGCCGUCCUGCAAUGACACCACAUGGCCACAUACAGUAGCCCACCAAUGCAACGGCACCCGUCAGUCUCCCAUCAACAUUGUGACUGCUGAUGUCCAGGCAGAUUCCAGCCUGACCGCAUUCAGUUUUUCCGGGUUUAAUGACAGCUCUGCACUCGUGCAAAUGGAAAAUGCAGAUGGAAAGUCAGUGAAGGUGUCCCUGGAUGACAGUAAGAUGAGUGUGUCAGGAGGGGGUCUUCAAGGCCACUACAAGAGCACACAGUUCCACCUCCACUGGGGCAACGGCAGCUCUUCAGCUGGAUCAGAGCACACAGUGAACGGCAAACGAUAUCCAAUGGAGCUGCACAUAGUAAACAUGAAGUCCACUCUUCCCAACACGACCGUCGCUCUCGAGGACCCAACAGGAUUGGCUGUUCUUGGCUUCUUCAUUGAAGCAACUAGUGACAGCGGCAAGCCGGAGAGCUGGAAGAACCUCACCUCAUUCUUGUCCAGUGUUCCUAACAAAGGUGACGUGGUGGACAUUAUGGACCAGAUCUCGAUGGACAGUCUGCUAGAAGGAGUGGACAGGACUAAAUAUUAUCGCUACCUCGGCUCGCUGACCACGCCGUCCUGCGACGAAGCCGUGGUGUGGACUGUGUUCAAAGACCCCAUCAAAGUCAGCCAAGAUCUGAUCAACCUCUUCAGCACCACCAUGUACAUCAACACAACAGCCCAGUCUCUGAUCACCAGCAACUUCAGAGGAGCUCAGGAACUUAACGGCAGAGUCGUAACAUCGCAGCCUUCAUCAGCAACCACACCUUACCAGGCCCUGUCCCUGACCGCUGCUCUGCUGUACCACAUACUGUACUGGUUAUAGUUAAAACACAAUGGCAGGACAGAAUCGCACAUCUUUUCACUGAAUAGCUCAGUCAUGUUCAUACUAUUUUUUUUUUUUUGAAGAGAUAAUAAAGAUAUAAGAGACUUUUAUAAAAUAAAACAUCACACAUUUGUUUUAUUUGUAUGUAAGGAUGUGUAUUUAUUACAUUUACCGUAACUUGA